AUGACAAAACCAGGUUACAUAAACGCUGCUUUUCGUUCAUCUAAGAACAACGAAGCUUACUUUUUCAUCAAUGAAAAGUACUUGCUGAUAGAUUACGCUCCAGGAACCACCAACGAUAAAGUUUUGUAUGGACCAACUCCUGUUCGUGAUGGUUUCAAAUCACUCAGUCAAACCAUAUUUGGAAGCUACGGAAUAGACUGUAGCUUCGACACCGAAAACAAUGAAGCAUUCAUCUUUUAUGAGAACUUUUGUGCUCUCAUAGACUAUGCUCCACAUUCCAACAGAGACAAAAUCAUCUUAGGUCCUAAGAAAAUUGCUGACGUGUUUCCUUUCUUCAAAGGAACCGCGUUUGAAACCGGAAUAGACGCGGCAUUCAGAUCAACCUUGGGCAAAGAAGUUUACUUAUUCAAAGGAGAUCAUUAUGCUCGUAUAGACUAUGGAAGCAACAGUAUGGUUAAUAAAGAAAUCAAAAGCAUUAGCAACGGGUUUCCUUGUUUCAGUAACACAAUCUUUGAGAGUGGAACGGAUGCGGCGUUUGCUUCUCACUUGACAGAUGAAGUUUACUUUUUCAAAGAUGAUUACUAUGCACGUGUUAAGGUAACACCAGGCCGAACAGAUGAUAAACUUUUGGGUGGUGUGAGGAAGAUUGUUGACUAUUGGCCAUCUCUUCGUGGCAUUAUACCUCUUGAGAAUUAA